AUGGUACAUAAUACACCACGGCGUAAUCGGGAAACACUGUCCAUCCACAUCGGACAGGCCGGAAUUCAAAUGGGUGAAGCUAUCUGGGCGCAGUACGGUUUGGAGCAUGGCAUUGGCAGGGACGGACAACGGAUAGGAAUCGAAAAGGACGGUAAGGACGCUUCGUUCACCGAAUGUCCCACAUUCUACUCGGAUAACGGUGAAGGACGCUAUGUACCGAGGGCUAUAUUUAUCGACACCGAACCAAUGGUGAUAGAUCAACUACAAACAGCCGACAUAGGUGAACUGUUUAAUCCGGAGUAUCUGAUACGCGGUAAGGAAGAUGCCGCCAACAACUAUGCCCGUGGGUACUACACACUAUCGCACACUACGCUGACCGGAGCGAUGGAAGCCGUGCGACAGAUUGCGGAAGAUGCGGACAACUUGCAGGGCAUGAUUUUAUAUCACUCGUGCGGUGGCGGUACCGGGUCGGGAGUUGCGGCCCAUCUGCUCCAGGAGUUUGCGGAGGAGUUCCCGCGAAAGUGUCGCCUAUCGUUCUCGGUGUAUCCUUCGCCGUAUCUCUGCACAAGCGUAGUCGAACCGUACAAUACUGUGUUUGUGACACACCGGACGAUGAGCUGUAUGGAGUGUGCGUUUUUGAUGGACAAUCAAGCGAUUUACAACAUUUGCAGCGCAAGGUUGUCGAUUGUAAGACCUAGUUAUGCGAACUUGAACCAGCUCAUCAGCCAGGUUGUGUCGGGAGUGACGGCUUCAUUGCGUUUUGGAGGAGAUCUUAAUGUAGACAUGAGCGAAUUUCAAACCAAUCUGGUCCCAUAUCCCAGGCUACAUUUCCCGGUGAUAUCAUUUGCUCCUAUUAUUUCCUGCGAAAAUGUGAAUCACGAAAAACUUGACAUUGGAGCGCUAACGAAACAAUUGUUUCAACUGGACUCGCAGAUGGUGCGAUGUGGACUGGCGGGAUGUGACAAAUACAUGGCAUGCUGUUUGCUCUAUCGCGGCCACAUACUUCCGAAAGACAUAAAUGAAGCCAUUGCAAGCAUCAAGGCCACACGCAGUGUACAGUUCGUCGAUUGGUGUCCCACAGGGUUCAAGAUCGGUAUCAAUUCCAUGGCCCCGAAAAUGGCACCCAGCGGUGACCUAGCGCCCGUACGACGGUCCGUAACGAUGCUCGCCUCCCGGAAGGCCAUUUCGGACGCGUGGAGCAACAUUGACGAGAAGUUCGACAUGAUGUACCGGAAGCGUGCGUUCGUCCACUGGUACCUCGGCGAGGGUAUGGAGCUGUACGAGUUUAACGAAGCCCGAGAAAAUCUCGCCAGUCUCGAGAUGGACUAUCGCGAGGCAGGCCAAACAGGUUCGUUUGUGUUGGGCUGGAACGCUUGA